AUGCAUCUUUUUGUGGUGUGUCUCAUCAGUGUCUGGGGUCUGGCUGCCCCUGAGCACUACGUCGUGGAAGACGUCUGCACUGCAAAGCCACGUGACAUCCCGGUGAAUCCCAUCUGCAUCUAUCGCAACCCUGAGAAGAAGCCCCAGGAGGGCGAGGGGCAAGAGCCAGGGAAGGGCAAGCUCCCGGAGUCUACUAACCCCCGGGUCUGGGAGCUGUCGAAGGCCAACUCACGCUUUGCUGUUGUCUUCUACAAGUACCUGGCUGACUCCAAGGACAAUAGGGAAAACAUCUUCAUGUCACCCCUCAGCAUUUCUACAGCCUUCGCCAUGACCAAGCUCGGAGCUUGUGGUAGCACCCUCCAGCAGCUCAUGGAGGUCUUUCGAUUUGACACCAUUUCGGAGAAGACAUCUGAUCAGAUCCACUUCUUCUUUGCCAAGCUGAACUGCCGGCUUUACAAGAAAGCCAACAAAUCCUCAGAGCUGGUAUCAGCCAACCGCCUCUUCGGGGAGAAAUCUUUGGUCUUUAAUGAGACUUACCAGAACAUUAGUGAAAUAGUUUAUGGAGCGAAACUCUGGCCCUUGAACUUCAAAGAGAAACCAGAACUUUCCAGGAAGAUCAUUAAUGAGUGGGUGGCUAAUAAGACAGAGAAGCGCAUUACAGAAGUGAUCCCAGAAAGAGGAAUCGAUGAUCUCACUGUCUUGGUCCUGGUCAACACCAUUUAUUUUAAGGGGCACUGGAAAUCGCAGUUCCCAGCUCCAAACACAAAACUGGAUUUAUUUCAUAAAGCCAAUGGUGAGACCUGCAAAGUCCCAACUAUGUACCAAGAGUCCAAAUUCCAUUAUGCGUCCAUCCCCCAGGACAAAGUCCAGGUGCUGGAGCUGCCAUACAAAGGGGACGAUAUCACGAUGGUGCUGGUCCUGCCCAAUGCUGGGAUGUCAUUGGUGGAGGUGGAGCGAGACCUGACAUCGGAGAAGCUGCAGGACUGGAUAGACUCCAUGACGGAGGUCUCUCUCUUCGUCUACCUCCCUCGCUUCCGCGUCGAGGACAGCUUCAGUGUCAAGGAAAAGCUGAGAAAAAUGGGGCUAGAAGAUCUCUUCAGUCCAGAAAAUGCCAGACUUCCAGGUAUCAUUGCAGAGGGCCGUACAGACCUGUACGUAUCUGAGGCUUUCCACAAAGCCUUCCUUGAGGUGAAUGAAGAAGGCAGCGAGGCAUCAGCUGCUACAGCUGUCACCGUCUCCGGCCGUUCCUUCCCCAUGAACAGAAUAAUCUUCAAUGCCAACAGGCCCUUCCUGCUUUUCAUCCGGGAAGCCGCCCUCAACACCAUUAUCUUCAUGGGCAGAAUAGCUGAUCCUUGCUCCUAAAGGGGCUGUCAGGGCCUCGCUUCUCCCUUCUCUGCCUCCGGAGAAGGGGCAAUAGGGUAUUGCCACAAAGCCCGGGCUGCUCCUGGGGUGGUUGGUCUUACUGUUUGGUGCAAGCUGCAGGGAGGGACUGUAUCCAGCUGGGCUGUUACCGCUCCUCCUUGCUGCGUCAGGUGAGGGGGCUCGGAGGGCACCUCACCUCCUCCAUCCUUCAUUCAAAGGGAAGUGGAAUUUUUUCCGGCACCGGUAUUUUUGUGGCACCCAAAACUUGAGUCCAGCAUUGCUGUCGUUCUUAUAUCCAACCCUCCUCCCUUUCAGGCCUCAAACUGUAACUCUGAUUCCCCUGGUACAUUAAAAACCUAUAGAUCUGUAUGUAA